CAUUAUAAUAUUGUAGUUCAUUUGGUUAACUUGGUGCGUUUGUGUUUGUGAUUUCGUAAUCGGUGGUGAAACGUCUGUGAAAUUCCUCCCACUCAAUUCCAUAACAAAAUGCCCUUCAUCAGCGAGUCCAUAACAAACGAGGCUUUGUACAAAAAAGCCGCGACGGGAUUUUCAAAGGAUCACAUUUUAAUCAAACCACUCAGUCGGCCGAAUACAGCACUCGGUCGUGAUUUUGAUGUUAAAUCAUGUUUUAUGCCGUCCACGUUUCGACCAUUUGCUGACGGAAUUUACCAUUUCGAUGUGAAACCCGAUGAUGUAUGGAUACUGGGUUUCCCGGGGAGCGGAGUGCAGUUAGAAGAAAUUGUUUGGCUGAUUUUGAAUGAUUAUGACUUCGAAAAAGCAACAACUACACCAUUGGAGGGAAGAACGUCAUUUUUGGAGCAAUCAGCCGUUCAGCAUCCGCAAUUGUUCAAAUCUGUUCGUAGUUCCAUUGACUCGUCUCGUCGUGCUGCCGAACCGCGAAUUAUCAAAUCGCAUUUACCCGUAGCUCUUCUACCAAUACAGUUAUGGCGACGGAAGCCGAAGAUCAUCUGUGGAUUUAGAAAUCCUGGUGAUAUGUCAAAGGCAUACUACGAACAGUACUACCAUUUGAAUGGCUACCAAGGUACUUAUGAGGAAUUCUGUCAAUUGUUGAUGGCAAAUCGCGUAGUUUAUGCUCCGUAUUUAACUCAUUUGACCGAAAUGUGGCGAAUGCGAGACGAAGAGAACUUCUUUGUUCAGAAAUUUGAUGAAAUGACAACCGACUUGGAGGAUUUCGUUCGAAGAUUAGCAGAAUUUUUGGGAAAAACCAUCAAUGACGAACAAGUGGAGAGCUUGAAGGAAUACGUUUCACAAUUGCCGAAAAAUACAAUUGACAUCGCUUUGACCAACAAGCUUUGGAAAAGAAAACCAGAUGCCCAGCCAUCGGAUACAAUGUCACAAAUAGACUUCAUAGUUGACAAAUGGGCGCAGCAAACAUUUGAUGAAUUUGAUUUACAGUUGAAUUAACUUGACAAUAAACUAUUUGAC